AUGGGAAGCUCGCGGCCCAACCGCUACAGUAUUGUGUCAUCCGAGGAAGACGGCAUGAAGUUGGCCACCAUGGCCGUGCCCAACGGCUACGGCAACGGCAAGAGCAAAGUGCACACGCGCCACCCGGCGCACAGCCGCUUCGUCAAAAAGGACGGCCACUGCAACGUCCAGUUCGUCAACGUCAGCGAGAAGGGCCAGCGCUACCUGGCCGACAUCUUCACCACCUGCGUGGACAUCCGCUGGCGCUGGAUGUUCGUCAUCUUCUGCAUGGCCUUCCUCCUGUCCUGGCUCUUCUUCGGCUGCAUCUUCUGGCUGGUGGCCAUCCUGCACGGCGACCUGGACAACGGCAGCGGCCAGCUGAGCGGCCAGCGCUGUGUGUCCAACGUCAGCACCUUCACGGCGGCGUUCCUCUUCUCCAUCGAGACGCAGACCACCAUCGGCUACGGCUACCGCUACGUGACGGACGAGUGCCCGGUGGCCGUCUUCAUGGUGGUCUUCCAGAGCAUCGUGGGCUGCAUCAUCGACGCCUUCAUCAUCGGCGCCGUCAUGGCCAAGAUGGCCAAGCCCAAGAAGCGCAACGAGACGCUGGUGUUCAGCCACAACGCCACGGUGGCCAUGCGCGACAACAAGCUGUGCCUGAUGUGGCGCGUGGGCAACCUGCGCAAGAGCCACCUGGUGGAGGCGCACGUCCGCGCCCAGCUCCUCAAGUCGCGCACCACCGCCGAGGGCGAGUUCAUCCCGCUCGACCAGAUGGACAUCGACGUGGGCUUCGACAGCGGCGUCGACCGCAUCUUCCUGGUCUCGCCCAUCACCAUCGUCCACGAGAUCGACGAGGAGAGCCCCUUCUACGACAUGAGCAAGCAGGAGCUGGAGACGUCCGAGUUCGAGAUCGUGGUCAUCCUGGAGGGCAUGGUGGAGGCCACCGCCAUGACCACGCAGUGCCGCAGCUCCUACCUGGCCAGCGAGAUCCUGUGGGGCCACCGCUUCGAGCCCGUCCUCUUCGAGGAGAAGAACUACUACAAGGUGGACUACUCGCGCUUUCACAAGACCUACGAGGUGCCCAGCACCCCGCUGUGCAGCGCGAGGGACUUGGCCGAGAAAAAGUACAUCCUGUCCAACUCCAACUCCUUCUGCUACGAGAACGAGGUGGCCCUGCUGAACAAAGAAGAGAAGGAGGAGGCCAACAUGGGCGGGACGGGACCGGAGGGCACCCACACGGAUACGAUUUCGCUGAACAUUACCGAGUCGGACCACAACCAGGCCACUCUGCCUCUCGAGCCGCGGCCACUGCGGCGAGAAUCUGAGAUAUGACUUUUCCCAGACCUCCUGAUGAAGGUUUUUUAUUUGUUAAGCAGACACCCUUUGUUCAAAAAGGCACAAUGAGAGCUGAAUAUAGGGCCCUUCAGGGGGGGUGGAGAGAUCCAAGCUGACGGUACUGCUGUGAUAACGUUUUUUUUUUUCGGAGAAGGAGCUAUCUGUCAUUAGAGGGUUCACAUGAAAAAACGCACGGCAAAACAAAAAAGCAGCACAGAGACUUGGCACCAAUGGCAGACGAGCAUGCAAAACGAGCAAAAGCGGUUAUAAAAAAAAAAAUCUGUAAAACUACUUUUGUUUAGACAGUUGAUUCUGUGUCACAGAUAGUGGUAGAGAUGUGAGAGAUGGCUAGCAAAACUUGAAGAAAAACAAAAAAACACUCACACAAGCAUGUCAUCUUGUUCAUCUGACCAGCAAAAACCAGAACAAUGUCAAUUAAGAUAAGCAUUUUAUGAUCACUUCAUUCAAUUGGUUGUCUUUUCAGUGUCACUGUGGAGGGGAAAAAAAGGUCAUUUUACAGAGGGAACAAUUUACUGCGUCACACUGAGCUGAAGCAUCCACUGUGGUCAGCAGGCACUGGGGCAUGUUUUGAAUGUUUCAUACUGUUUGCUAAAACCACAGACAGUUUCUUUCUUUUUUUUUUUUUUACGUAGCAUGUUUGCACAUUUAUUGACCCCUAGGUAGACAGAACUCUGACAUAUAAUUAAUUAUUGCAUAAACGCUGCAAUUCAGUUCUAUGAAUCAGCGUUCUAUUUCACAGAAGGUGGAAGGUCCUUCUCCAUGUUUUCCAGGGAAAGUGCAAAUGACUUCGCCCCUGGGCUUCAGAUAUGGAAUUGUUUUGUUUGUCGCGUAGGGGGCAAUAGGGAUACUGGAAAAGACACAAUUGUUUGGAAAACACACAGGCAAUUUUACCCUUUUCCUUUAUUAGAACCAGUUUCCUAGCAGAGCUUAUAUUGCCAAGUGGAACAACCUUUUUUUUCUUUUUUUAAAGAUAAACAUUACACCUGAAAAACAGGAAAUACAAUGGAAAACAAUCAUGUGUCUGCACGGCAAGUAAUACCGAAGAUCAUCAGUUUUUUGUUUUUUUCAAACUUAACUGAAAAAGGUUGCAUAAACGUUUUGUUCUUAUAAUGGGCUGGUCUCAUUAAGAACUGAAAUAUAUGAAAAAGGUGGGACAAGGUUUUCUGGUUUAUCCCGUAAACCUGUACAUUAUUUAAUGUAGCAAGACACUGCACGUGCACUUCAAAGCACGUGCACACACAAUACCUUAAACACAUAUGUUAGUAUCAACUCUAAACAGGAAGAUGGGAUGCCAGUUUCUGAGCUUGAGAUAGCCACUGUAACCCUGCCUAAGAGACUUCACACAUGACCAAUGGUCAAAAAAUAUGAACAAUAUGUCUGAAAAUAUAAUCAUUCAUGGAGGUAUGAUGAUCCCGGUUAGCCGUAGAUGUCGAGAUUCAGUAUGGUGACAUUGGUUAUUGCUGGUCAAAUAGACAGAGACAUACCUGUUGAUGAUGAUGCAUCAGACAGGGUCAUAAGUUAAGAGUGAACGAAGCACAGAUAACAACAAACCCACGAGGGUAAAAAAAAAGAGACAAAAAAACAACAAAAAAAUGUGUGAAAGAAUGUUUUAUAAAAAGUGCUGCUAUGUUGCAUAUUGUGGGUUUUUAAUAUAGAAGACUGAAGCCAAAGAGUAUUACUUUUCUUUCUCGUAAUAAUGCAUCCAACUGUUAUACAGGUAGAAGUAGACAUCUUAAGUCCAGAAAAAUACAACUUAUUUCCAAAUGGAAAGAUUUUAAAAGAAUGUCUAAUACAUGUAUGCAUUCUAAUAUUUUCAUAUUCAAAGCCAAAUGUAUAUAGGAUUAAAAUAAUCAGUGAAAGUGUAGAAGGCUACAGGUUAGCUCUCCUUCCCUUUCAGUGAAAAAAUGACAACAACUGAUAAUCACAUGUUGCUCCCUGUUGCAGUGUUACAUCGUACUUUAUGCUGACAGAAGUGUUCAUGGUUAAGCACUCCAGAAACACUGUUUUGUGUCUCUUUAACUUAUAAAGACUGCAUAGUUGGCAAGUGUUACACAGCGAAAUGAUAUGUGGUUAGCAAAUUAGGAAUGAUUGGGAGGGGUUUUGAGCAUAAACACCAAAAAAUACUUGUAGGGUUUUUUUUUUUUUUUUUUUUUUUGCAAAUAACUAAUAUUCUUUCACUCACAUUUUCACAGCCUGCUGAAGUUCAUGAGAGUUCAUGGAGUUCAAAUAUUGCAAGCUGAAUGGCCUUAGUUGCAAGCAAUAUAACAAACAAACUAAUUGACUGUGUGUAGAAUAAGAAAUAGUUUGGAUUUGUAUUCAUUACCUGCCUGGACAAUCAGACAGCUUUUACCUCAGGGCUAAACCUGAAACCUGAAAAGCAUACCCCCAAGAUAUCAUAUAUAUUCCUUGUGUCAUAUCAUGUCAGAGGCAUCCCCUAUAUGGCUUAAUGCUACAUCAGAGCAUACCCUCUCCAUGGCUCUUUAAAUUGUGGAGAUGACGAAUACAUUAAUUAAAUUAAUUAAUCAGUUGGGGGAUGACAUUUGAAAUCUGAAUUUCAAGGCCUUCGAGACCAGGUUAAUGUUUGGUAUGCGGACAACCACAAGGAAUUUUAUAUGCAUACAAGAUGGUAGCCAGAAGCACUAUAAGCCUAUAGACUGAUUUUUGAUUAGUAGAAGUGCCCCGUUUUUAACACAACCCUUAUCCCCUUUGUUGUAAAUAUCUUUGUCUUCUUUGCAGUCAUUUUUUUUUAUCAGUCUUCCUAUUGUACUGCAAAACAAUGGAAUGUACAGAUUUUUAUAUAAUGAUUAAUGUUAUUGAUAUUAUUAAUGUAAUUAUUAUUGUACAUGCUAUUUUAUUCUUUUUUUCAAUAAAACAUCAGUGAAUG